ACGUACAAGACGCGGAAGAAUGUCAUUGCAAGGACGAUCGAGAUGAAGCAGCAGUCCGGGGAGAACGACGUCGACUACUGGGUGUACCUGGACAAGGUAUUCUCUACACUUGGGCCGGACGGGACAAGCUCCGAUGAAUCCGAUUCAGAGGGGGGCGGAUUUCGCGUCAAAGCUAUGCCAUGGAGAAGGAAUAUAGAUGCUGAGAUCAAGAUCGUCGAGUCUCAACGUAGCGCCGAAGGUAUCAAGGACAAUCGCGGCUCCGAGCCCAAGCCUCGCUUUCGAGGCCCUCCUUGUAAGGACUCAACCAGGAAGAAAGCGCCUCAACACCUUCCUCCUAGUUUCUACAAUGCGGAUUGGCUGAAUGAUCCAAAGGUGGGUGCUGCACGCCGAGAGCUGGUACAGCCGUCGAAGGAGGACUUCUCUUGGAUGAUUGCGUGCAUCAGGUCCGAUCCAUCUGGAAGGAUGAUCUCCAAAGAGGAUCUUCGUGCUCAUCAAGCCAGGGACGCUGUCCUCAACCAGCCACGGCUUGAAUUGCGGGAUAAGCAGCAGCGAUUGACUUGUACCUGUCCCGAUUGCGUUAAGGCGGGGCCUAUGGGGGUUUCGCGUUCGGCGGAGGCGCAUAGACUCCAUGUACUCUCCAAUGCGCUCUUGCCACUCACUGCUCAGAAGCCUGGGCCAAAUCCAAGUGUUCCCGCGGCUUCUGCUGCAUCAGGUGGCCAAGCGUCAUCCGACGUCUCACCGGCAGCCGGCACUGACCAGCUGAGCUCCGCAAUUGUCUUGUCCACACUGAUUGAUGUCGAUAUCACCGUGGACGAAAUACCUCCUGUGGAUGCAAUUGCGCAGGAGCUUGUCAAUCAGCUGUCGGAGCUUGACCUUGGACCUCCCGACACUAUGGAAGGUCAAAUCCCUUCAUCGGCGCCAUCGACAUCAACCCGUUUUCUAAGUACCGCAGCUCGAGGGACCACUCAGAUGGGCACAGGUCUCGGUGAUACUGUAUCUAUGUUUGUUGAGGAAAGUGGAAGAGAUGACCAGGUCCUGGCAGAAAACGCAGCUAGACCAGGGCCAAGUACAUGCCUCCAAAGUAUGAAUACGGGUGCAGACGCCACUCCGCCCAGUGUCCAGUCACCUGGUAGCGUCCGAGUGGACAUUGAAAGGCAUCUCCCAGAUGCGAAUAGCUCUAUUCAUAUGCUCUCCAAGGAAGAGCGGCAUAUCAACACCACUCGGGCCUUAUCCCAGUUGGACUCUGUACGAACCGACAUUGAGGAGAGCCUGCAGCGCCUUACCACUGGCGUAUCUCCAGAUACAAUAAGGGAAGUGCAAGACUGUCUAGGACGUCUGCGCCGCCGCUUCAAUGCUAUUACUCGUCGGACACCACGCAUCCUCGAGAGAAAGGCAGAACUGUGUGAGCAGCUGAAGCUUUUGGAUGGCCGAUUACUGGAGCUCGAGGCAUUAGUGCCAGAAAGCACCGAUCCGAUCGCUUAUAACUGUGAUGACCAUCAUGAACGCCCAAUUGAUCAGUAUAGUGCUGUAGCCCAGGUUUCGAUGUUCCUGGUCACUGUCUGCACCGUUAUUGUGGGCGUGAACCGGUCAGCAGGAGCCUUUAUGCUAGCUACCAUAUCGACUAUCUUGACUUUAGCAUUCACUCUGCAUGGGCGUCAGCUUAAGCAGGACCAGGAGCGCGUGCUGGCAGACAUACCAAGCACAGUGGAUACCGUGUUAUCAAAAUUCAAGCUAGAUGGACGUGUAACAACCUACGCGACAUGCUCAGAGUGCCAUGCCAUAUAUGCGCCUCAUUAUGAGGAAGGAUCUGCUGACGCAGUAUACCCGGCUAUCUGUACCAGCAAAACGCUUGGGUCUGACCAGAUUUGUGGGGCUCCAUUGACAGAGACGGACAACACUGGCGGGGACCGCUCAAUGAAGCCGCUUAGGUCGUUCGUAAUGCACAACUAUGAAGACUACAUGGCGGGGCUUCUGGCAAGACACGAUAUUGAAUCAUUGAUGGAUAAGGCAUGUGAUGAUGCUCUUGCAUCCCUUGACCGCCCCCGACCGGAGUUUAUACGAAGUCCUUUCGAGGCCGACUUCAUCAGAACCUUCGAAGGUCCUACAUCUUCUGCAGAUGAGAAGCAACUU